AUGGAGCCAAAUCCACUACCGUUAGAGGUGGACGACGAGAGCCGGCAACCCCAGGGAUCUUCCACCGGAAGUGGUUCUUCAUCAGGCACCGGAUAUUAUGGACAUAAGAACGGUGAAUGGCGUGGUGAAAGAAGAAUGUUGGACAUAACACGUGAUAAGCCCGUAAAAGUGUGUGUGCGAGUUGUAGUGCCCGUGCGUGAUCACCCUAAAUUUAAUUUCGUCGGCAAGCUCUUGGGUCCAAAAGGGAACUCUUUAAAGAGGCUUCAAGAGGACACCAUGUGUAAGAUGGCUGUGCUAGGACGGGGGUCUAUGAAAGAUCGUCAGAAGGAGGAAGAACUCCGAGUCUCCGGUGACCCCAAAUUCGCGCACUUAUCGGAUGAAUUACACGUUGAAAUAAGUGCUUUUGCCACUCCAGCCGAAGCACAUGCUCGUAUCGCCUACGCGUUAGCAGAGCUGAGGAGAUUUUUAGUACCUGAUUACAACGACGAUAUAAGACAAGAACAAAUGCUGGAGAUGCAAAUUCUUUCGUCACAAAACGAUCAAAGGAGGCUAACACCACCAGAUUCAUCCAGAAGUGGGAGUGAAGAAACUUUACCUCUUAGAGACGCGGUUCCAAAACAACGAAUGCCCAAUGUACAGCCUGCGCCAGUGCCAACUUCACUACCGGCGGGUAUCGCUAUGAACCAUGCAGCAAACGCGAGAGAUUUCUCUCCACCAGCACCAACACCUGCACCAGAACACCUAUCAGCUACGCAUCAUCAAAUGGCGGCUGGUCACGCCGGGCACGGGGUACUUGUUGGGAGUGGAGUACUUCAACAACCUCCGACGCACCAUUUGAUUGCCCAGAACUCGAUUUUAGGUGGCGGUGAUAUACUAGGCCUGAGCAGCCCAGUACUUGGUGGGGUAUUACACGCUCAUCCCGCUCUACGCGGCGUAAAGCCGGCCGCCGUGCAUGCGCUAGCGACGCAAGGUGCGGGUGGGGCGUCGGUGAGAGCGGCGCACAAGCUGCCGUUGCUGGGUGGCGCGUGGGCCGCCAUAUCACCGAUUGAGCGCACGGUGACCUCUGACUUGAUCACCUCAUUGAAGUCCUGGCAGUAUAUGAGUUCUACCUAG